UCUCUCGGCGCCACCAUGCUGCUCGCCCGGGCUCUGCGCUCCGCCGCGCUGGCCGCCGUGCGCCCCCGCCGCCCUGCUGCUCUCCCGCUGCCGCCUCCGCGGCCCUUGCAGCCCGGUGCCCUGGUGGCCGCGGUGGCCGCCCGGCCGUUCACCCGCUCGCUGUGGCUGCUGCGCGGGGCCGCCCGGCCGCCCAGCGGCCUCCUGCGCGUCGUGCCCUCCUCCUCCGCGCCCUGCGCCUGCGGCGGCCUCCACACCGAAGGCGACAAAGCAUUUGCCGAGUUUCUGACUGAUGAAAUCAAAGAGGAGAGGAAAAUCCAGAAACACAAAUCCCUGCCCAAGAUGUCCGGAGGAUGGGAACUGGACGUGCAAGGCACCGAGGCCAAGCUGGUGCGGAAAGUAGCCGGUGAAACGGUCACCAUCUCGUUCAACAUUAACAACAGCAUCCCACCGAGUUUUGACGAGCCGCCGGAAGGGCAGAAAUCCGACGAGCAAGAGCCUGAGCUCACGUCGACCCCAAACUUCGUGGUGGAAGUCACCAAAGACGACACCAAGCAGACGCUCGUGCUAGACUGCCACUACCCUGAAGACGAGGGUGCUCCCGGCGAGGAAGAGGAGAGCGACAUCUUCUCCAUCCGGGAGGUCAGCUUCCAGCCCACCGGAGACGCAGAGUGGCGGGAAAACAGCUACACCCUCAACACGGACUCGCUGGAUUGGGCUCUGUAUGACCAUCUGAUGGAUUUCUUGGCCGACCGCGGGGUGGACAACACGUUUGCGGACGAGCUGGUUGACCUCAGCACGGCGCUAGAGCACCAGGAAUACAUCCGGUUCCUGGAAGAUCUUAAACUCUUCGUCAAAUGUCAGUAGGGUCUGAGCGCACGACUGCGGCCUGUAUCUUCUCCAGAUGGGAGCGGGGGGUGUGUGUGUGUGUGUGGAUUUGCAAGUCAAAGCUGGACUCGUGUUUCAAAAUCCCAGGAACGAGAGAGAAAGAGAAUGGAAGCUUUCUCUUGGGAGUUAAGGCCGCACUGCGAGAAGAGAAAACAGCCGGUUGGUGGACCCCGUACAGUUGAAGGAGGACGGCAAACAAAGUGAGAAUAAAACCCAUGAUACACUUCACCUGUA